CUCCAAUAUAAAAGUAGGAUUAACUACCUUUUUAAACCUUUGUCAAUCGUGCUACAAGGGAGUCCUGUUAAGUCUGGAGCUCUGCUACAAAAUGUCAUUCAGUGACGUGCUGGCCAUCCUUGGGGGAUUUACAGUUGUUUUCCACCUGUUGAAACUGGUCUGGAGAUGUUGGUGUGGAUUCAGAGAGUUUGUUUUGUCAGAGCUUUGGCAAGUUGAUUUAAGGACAUAUGGACAAUGGGCAGUUGUGACUGGUGCCACAUCUGGUAUUGGUAAAGCUUAUGCCAGCGAGCUGGCACACAGAGGCCUUGAUGUUAUUUUGAUAAGCAGAUCUGAUGAAAAGCUUGAAAUGGUUGCCAAAGAAAUACAGGAUCAGUAUGGACGAAAGACUCGCACCAUCCAAGUGGACUUCACAGACGGCCACAGUAUCUACCCUUCUAUAGCUGAAGCACUACAGGGAUUGGAGAUAGGAAUUCUGGUUAACAAUGUAGGAAUAGCCUAUUCUGAUCAUUUUGCGUAUUUCCUGGAAAUACCAGAUGCUGAACAGAAAAUCACUGAGAUUAUCAACUGUAACAUGCUGUCUAUCCCACAGAUGACCAGACUGGUUCUUCCAGGCAUGGUUGAAAGAGGGAGAGGGCUGAUCAUCAAUAUAUCCUCCGAAGUGGGCAUCCGUCCACAGCCUUUGUUGUCCCUUUAUUCUGCCACUAAGAUUUUUGUAAUAUAUUUCUCUCAGUGUCUGCAUGCUGAGUACAAGUCAAAGGGCAUUAUUGUUCAGUGUGUGGCCCCCUUCCUGGUUUCCACCAACAUGACAAAGAAUGUGACAGUCAACUGCUUUGUGAAGACUGCUUCUGGCUUCGUCCGCGAGGCCUUGAACACUGUGGGUCACUCCAGCUACACCAGCGGCUGCCUGUCCCAUGCACUCCAGAACAUGGCUCUCACAAUACUGCUGCCGGACUGGCUGCGUAUGUCAACAGUCCUCAUAAGAAAGCUACAUAACCUUGCAAAAGUCAGCAAACAUGAAAGAAGAGGAUGCAGGGAAAAGGAUAAGCUCAGUAAAAAGGAGGAGUAGUUAUGUCACUGCAUCUGCACAGAGUAUUCACUAAAUGGAUGAAGAUUACUGACAUGUUGACUUUAAUAGCUGACUAUGGGCAUUAUACUUAGAUUAUCUUGACUGUAGGUCCACUUCUCACAUGUGUGCAACAUCAUAGCAAGGUUAUGGUAAUACAUUGCCUACACUAUAUGUACAGCUAGAUUCAUGGGAUGAAGUAUUGUUGGGCCACAAUAUCAGCAGGGGAGCUGAAGUUUCUAUUUAUCGUUUCUAUUAAUAUUUCUAAUAUUGCACUUGACAGAUAUACAGGCACAAUCUGUUUUUAUUGCAUUUAAUUCAUUUUUUAAAUACAUAAUUUUUUGUUAAGAUUUUAGUGUGUGUGUGUGUGUGUGUGUGUGUGUAUUAAUUAUGUUAUUUAUUUCUAUGGCAAACAGAAGUUUAAUGUAUUCAGUGCAACACUAUAAAACAAAACAUGACAAGAAUGCAGUAACAUUUUAUUCUGUAUUUUUUUUAAAUGUUAAAUUAAUUUGUGUAACAAUGGUACAACACGCUCUCUUUUUAAUUUUGACUUGGUAUGAAUCAUUGUUGGUCCUGGUCCUGACUGAGACUGGAUUAGGAUAUAACCUUCAGCAUAACCCUUUUUGGUGUAUUUUUGAAUGUCUGCAUCAUUAAGCACAAAAAUCCAGUAUAAUUUCAAAGUUAGCAAAUACAACAGCAACAAACGUGUUCAUCAUUCUGAGGUCAGAUGUACAAAGUGGUUUCUUUUGUGAAGACUAGAGACACAUUUAACAGCAAAAGAAAACGUUUGCACGUUCAUGGAAAAAAAAAAAAAAAAAAAA